GAUGCAUAUAAUGAAUGACUGAAACAAAAAUUGGCAUCUUAGAUGUAGUAUUUGAAUCCAAUUCAAAUAACAAGAAGCAAUAAACUGAAGGAAUGCCGGAGCAAAGUAAUGAUUAUCGUGUUGUGGUGUUUGGGGCCGGAGGUGUAGGGAAGAGCUCGUUAGUAUUACGUUUUGUCAAAGGCACAUUUAGAGAGUCAUACAUACCAACAAUCGAAGACACAUACAGACAAGUAAUCAGUAGUAAUAAGACAAUAUGCACACUACAGAUAACUGAUACCACAGGCUCCCAUCAGUUUCCCGCCAUGCAAAGACUCUCAAUAAGCAAGGGACAUGCCUUCAUACUAGUCUACUCAGUGAGCAGUCGACAAUCGUUGGAGGAGCUAAAGCCAAUAUGGCAGACAAUAAAGGAGAUAAAAGGGGCAGAACUGCCGAGCAUUCCUGUAAUGUUGGCAGGGAACAAGUGUGAUGAGACACCGGAGAUACGCGAGGUCUCUGCAGCCGAGGGACAGGCUCAAGCACAGACUUGGGGCAUCUCCUUUAUGGAAACCUCAGCAAAGACCAAUCAUAAUGUCACACAGCUUUUUCAGGAGCUGUUAAAUAUGGAGAAGAACCGCAAUGUGUCUCUGCAAGUGGACGGAAAGGGGAAGAAGAAGAAAGAUAAAGUAGUGAAAGAAGGUGGCGAAGCCUCAACCGGAGGCCGCGAGAAGUGCCGAGUCAUGUAACCGCCUAUAAUUAUGUACUAUCCUAUAUAUUUAUAAGGGCUUUCCCCAGUUUCUGAAAUGCUUGGUAUUGCAUUGGUUCUGUACUGAACUGACAAAGCACACUAACGAUUAUUUAUUCUGAGGUACAGUCUAAUAUUUUUUUAAAGAGUACAAUGUUAAGGUUGUGUUAUAUGUGCAAUGUAUGUAAAAAAUGGGGUACCUUUAUUUUAUCCUUUUAUGAUUCAAAGAGUUGGUGAUUAAAUGUGAUGCACUGUAGCUAUCACCUACAAAAAUAACCAGCACAGAAAGUUGCAUUAAAAAGCCUUUCAGAAACUAGGUUUAUACAUUCCAAUUAUAUUAAUUGUACUUACCUAAUAAUACAUUGCUGUACAUGUUUUGUAACCACAGAUGAUAAUAGCAUGAACUUCUGUCUAUAUUAUCUUCUGUGGUUACAUUUGCUAUUAUGUACCUACCUUUUUAAGACAAUUUUGGGUCCCACUUACCUUUAGGUAAACCCUAAUUCGAUUCUAGUCAUAAUUACUUACCUGAUUUUUGAGGCUCAAUGCAUUGUUUUCACAUCAGUGCAAGCAUAAUAUUUUCCUAUUUUUUUAAGUUUCUAUGUGCUGUGUUAAACUGGCUCUAUUUGUAAAGGCUCUAGUCAAUAUUUUAAGCCAUAACUACAAAUCAGCUUAUUGAUCAUUAUAAAUAUAAUGAAUAAAUCGAUAAAUAUGGUGGAUAGUGUCAUGGAAAGCGCUGAUUCAUAAAAAUGAAUUUUGGUUGAGUUUGUGGAGCGUUUGCAAUGUUAGCAGAUUUGGGAGGCUUAAAAGUUUGUAUAAUUACUGAGAUUAUAAGUUAUUUACACUAGUUAUUAACGACUGCGUUGGCGUUAAAGACAUACAAGUUAAAUCUUGAAACGUGAUCCUUAUUGUUAGACGUGAAAAUACAACGAAAAGAAGUCUAUAGGACUGAUGGUUAAACAGUUUUACGCCGUUACUAUUAAAUAGUUUGUAUUAUUAUAUUGUUUAAAAUGCCUUUUUGAAUAAAGUUGCGAUGACUUUUCUGACUGAACUAACGGUUUCUUAUAGUAGAAGACCCACGAUGACACAACUUGUUUUUUAAAGUCUUAUUUGUUAUUACUAUGAUAAUGUCAUAGUGAGAAAUAUGAUCAGUGCCAAAUCGUAGACAUCAUGAAAUGGCAAAAUAAUAAUAAAUAAAAACGUAGUGCGUCCACGGUAGGUAGAAAAGUAGAAAAUUUAGUCUCGGCUGAAAAAAAAUCAAUGACCUAACAAUUUGUAUAUUAAUACUAAGUAAGUAAUACCUAUCUCACUAUGGCAUUAUCAAUAACAUAUUAAAUAUAAAUUUAAUCUCGUCUGUAGCGAUUUGUAAUCUGAAUAAUAAUUAUGGUUCAUUAAUUAUAACCUUGUAAAGUAGCUUUCGUUAGUACGUAAAUGCACUUUAUUUGAUAUUGAUCACAUUCAUACAUAUCCAAUUUAGUAAAAAACUAAAGUUUUAUUGUAGAUGAAUCACUAUUUUCAAGUAAACCGCUAACCGGUAUGAAAUCUUAUGUAGUUUCGAACGGAUAUCCCUACAUAACAUAAUAAGUUAUGAGUUAUGAUGCGCCAUGUAGAUUAGCUUGCUUCGUGUAUAAUAAUGAAAUGAGGUAGAGAAUGCAUGAAAGAGAAGUGUAAUAACAAUUUAACCAUAUUUAUGUAAUUUUAUUUUAAUAAUAUGAAAUUGUUUAACUUUUUUCCUGUUAUCAGCACCGAAUAUUAUUAAUAAAAUUGUUAACAUUGAAUUGUUAUAUCUGGACCAAUGUUGUUUAAUGUUGAACUUUGUGGAAUUAACUAUAGUAUACUUAUUUAAUUUGAUGUAUGUUAUCGGCUAUCUUCUAUUGCAUUAUCAUUGUCACCUUUAUGUAACUAUAUAACGGGUUUCCUACUUUAAAUCUAAUGCCUAUUGAUCGAAUAACACAUCCACGAACACUAUAGGUAUACGUAAUACAUUCAUGAAAUCGAUGCAUCAGUCUGGCUCGAAUCGUCAAAAAUCGAAUAAAUCCAGCUCGAAUGCUCCAUCCCUAGCGAUUUUUCUAGAACGGUCAUGGGACUGAGUUCGGGGGUUUUCGAUUCGAUCAGUAGACAUAGACAUUAGAUUUGAAGUAUCUUUAUCAUAAUAAUUUCAUUUAUACGGUAUGGAUUUUAGAGACUGUUUGAAGCAUCUACAAUUUCACAGAUCGAUAUUAUAAGAGUAGAGAACCGGAAUAAGUACGUAUUCAAAAUAAACCGAAUAAAAUAACACUCUACUCUUUUAUAUCAGGUUCCCAAAAUGUGUUUUACUAAAUCAGAUUCAGAAAACGCAUGAAUAUUUAUUUUCCGACUAUGGAUACUUAUAGCUCACCCUAUCCCGAAAAUGCAUUGACUGUAAGCUAAUAAGUAGGUACAAUAUUAUUUUUAGUUAAAUGGUUGUAUGUAGGUAGGUUCAUAAAGAUGGAAUGGAGGUUCAAAAAGCUUUUUAGGUAUUUCUGCUUAGAACUACGUCAUAAAUGUCAAUACCACCUACCACCGCAUGUGCACGACUUACUUUCAUUAUAAUUAAUUUAAUAUUGCAAUAAUUCCCAUAAUCUCGUAUGUAAUUAAGAGCUUAAUGAAAUGGUUCACCCAAUUUAUAAUAAUUCUAGAUGUUAAUCUGAUUUCAAAGAUUACCUCUUACCAAUUCAUACAUAACGUAGGUAUUUCAAAUGAAUGAGUUCAAAUAGUAGGAAAUAGUUUAUCUUACAUCGAAGUAGGUAUGUCAUUGUUAGAUAUUUAAGUUUGAAUUUUUUGAUAGUUUUUUUGUAACUGCAAAUUUUGAUUCGAAUAUUUGCAUCAUUUUCUUGGGUAACUUUAUGUCAUAUUUAUAUGAUAUAUUUUAGGUUCUUUAAAUACACCUACCUUCUUGAAUUAAAUGGGGUGACUAAGUCCACAUUUAAACAACAUCACAUAGGCACUAUUUCAGUACAAUCGACUCAUGCCAUUUCAUAAAUCUCAUAAUGUUAUAGCCAUGUCUGAAUGAACGAUCUCUAUUUGUAAGCAUAAUAAUUAAUUUAAUUUAAUAUUUUGAUGUUAUUUUAAUUAUACGAGGAAGAUUACAAGCGUUUGUUGACCAAUACGAGGGUAAUGUUAGGAUUUUAACUACAAUUAAUGUAGAAUUUGCUUCAAACAGGGAAUAUUUUAUGUAUUUUACUGAUAAAUGCUGCUUUGAACUGAAUAUCUCCAUUGUUAUUUAUAACUAUUUUAAUUGAUCUUUUGACACUUCUCACUAAGCAUCACGAAAAUAAAACCUAAAUUAUACUUAUGACGUGUUUUAUUAGAAAACCAUAUUAAAUCUAUAUUAUUUCAUGUAAGUAAUACAAAUUAUGUGCGUUAGGAUUUAGGAUAAUUCCCUUUAGAUUAAUUAAUGGAAAUCAAAAUAUUAAUGAGAUACACUGAUUAAUCCAUGGUUUAAAACAAACACUCGAAACAAAUCAAAUUAUUUAAAAUGCAUGAUUUUAUAACAACCGAUAGGUAGGUACUAUUGUUUGUACAAUUCAAAAU